AUGGUGAUCGGAGCAGCGAGCGAGGAGCCCGAGCCGAUCAAUCCGGCGGCGGUGUGGCCAGCAGCGGUCGGGGCCGUGCUCCAGCCGCGCCUGCGCCCGCCUCCGCUCCCGGCCGCCCCUCUUCACCGUCGGCGGGCGCGCGCCGCGCUGCAGUGUGUCGCGGCGUUACGUCACGAACGCAUCCAUCGUCAUCGGAGGCUGCCUCAACACCAAAAGUCUGACACCGUGCUCUGUUACACACUAUGCAAAUUAACAAUAUUUAAGCAAAUUCUCAUCGCGUGUUUCAGUGGAAAAUAUUAA